CAGUUGAAAUCCUCCUCCUCCCAACUGUCGAUAGAUUUCUGCAUGAGCUGCUUCAGUUAAGCAAAAAAAUUAGGGAAAAACUGAAUUUUGUAAAGGAAUUGGAAUGGCGAGUGAUUGGAGGAAAUCGAUGGGUAAUGUUAGAUCCUUUGUUGGAAACUUAACCGGAGGUUUAAGGGGUGGAAGCAAUUUAGCAUCUUGGGUUGUCGCCGGUACCUUAGCUUACUUUCUCUGGGUCAAGCCAUCUCAGGAACUCAAGAGACAGCAAGAGGAAAAGGCGGCUUUGGCUGCUGCAUCAGAUGCUUAUCGUUAUGUUGAGAAGCGAAAACCCAUUCCUGAUCCGCAGGAAACUGGAUUGAUAUACGGUAACAAGAACAAAGCUAAAAGAGCUGAAGAAUAGCUUUGCGAGAAUUCGAUGCCAUUCUGUAAGUUAGCUUGCAUAGUGCUCAGGGAAUUGUAAUCCCUUUUGGAGUCACUGUUGCUCAUUGGCGUAUAGGAGCUUAUAUACAUGUACUUCUGAACUCAUUUUUUUUUAUGGGGGCAAAUAAUUACCUAUACCUAGAAAAGAAAAUCAUGUAAGCUUUAAGUUUUUGUGGAUAUAAUGUAGCAUAUUUUUUUUUGGUUUUCAAGGUGAGGUUCUUGAAUAACAUUAUACUGGUUGAUCAACAUGCUGUUUUAUCUCCUUUUAUCUGA